CACCUUAAUUACGUUGAUUUUGGUUUUAAGGUUCGACAGCCAAUUGAAAACCCAUUUGACAUAGCAAAGUGAUCAAUUCACCACAGCUGAUUGCCGGAAAUUCUUCACAUAGUACUAACUGCACAAACAAACAAAAGCUGGUCAGACAAAAUCCAGAAUCAACUUUGGUGGAUAUUUAUUGCAGCUCAGCACCGUUGUGGCAAUUCACUGUGACACGACCUCAACCUGAGAACUUCUGAUUUAAACGUGAGUUUGCAAAUUUGAUUUUACACUAUUUGAAGGCAUUUCUUUUUCAUACAUUCUGGUUAUUUUUUCCCGCUUUAUUACCAUUGGGACAUGAGGUAGCCUCCUGAUCGUAAGCAGGUUACAGCACGGGAAUGUUCACUGGUUUGCUCAACAUUUUUUUGUGGGUUAUCCAAAUGAAGCUAGUAUCCAUCCAGAUAGAGUAGCAAUACUCUAAAUCACAUGCUGCAGACAUUCAGACGAUAAGCUUCUUGUUCUGGUGUAGUUUAAAAAAAACGGCGCUCAGAGACGACUCGAGUAAGACAUAAAUUGGUCAGACCCAACCCGGUGUAGGCUUUCCUGUUUUUUGUCGAUGAUAGUUUGCUUGUUGGUGGGUAGGUCUGCUUUUCCGCUUCGGCAGUUAAAAAGCCAAUUCACAAACCCUUUACCUCCUCGAUCAUAUACGCGACAACUGGCGCAUGAGGCCCUGUACCGACGAACAAUCACACUCACACCUACCCACACGAAAGCACCCGACCACUCAACCCUGAUAUUUUCUAAUCCACUGAGUUUAGUGUUAAUCGACUACUUGACUUCUUAUGCCGUCUAAUUUUGGAGGUUAGAAUAUCGGUAUUUAAGUACGUCACUGAUCGUCUUAACCGUUCAAAAGAGCCUUGAUUCAUGGAAAGUUGAUAGGCUAGCUAGAGAUCCAUGGCUUAUCAUUCUCUUGCCAAACGAACCGGCCCUUUAUUUUACAGUGCAGGAGCAGCGCUCUCUUAACUAUUUUAGGACAACACUCGGGCUCAGUUUUUUUAAUAUCAUGUCUGAUCUUAUUCGAGAAUAUUUAUACGUCAAUUUUGCCGCCAGAAUUCGAGAUACAUAAGGGAAAAAAGUUUGAAUUGUGGAGGAAAACGUAAUGUCUUCAGGUGCAGUAACCUCCAGGAAGUACAACAGAUAUUUAAGGACAUUUUUGUCCCUUACAUUCACAAAAAAGCUCUCGGUUAUUCAUUUUUCCAACGGCUCUAUGUUUUGUUUUCAACUCAUAUAUGUGCACUGAAUAUUUAAUAUCUUUAAUUAACAAUGUCAAAUAUUUACAACAAAAUGCCGUUUCUGUGGGAUUAAUGUGAACUUUAUUAAAGGUUUUAUUUGUUUUCCGUGGCAGAUUCUUGCAGUUACCCAGUAAUACUAAAUUUCUGCUUCGAGUGUUUGAUUACUUUCUCAUCGCUUCCAAUAGCAAUUUCCUUUAGCACUACAGUGUUAUUGUUCUCUGUAAUUCUCUUAAUGACUACUGAGUUGAGCUGAACCUUUUAUCAGUUUUAUUAUUUUUCCGUUUUACUUUCGAGUUGAGUUAUAAGAAGUCAAUAUUAAACUGAUGCUAUUUCUCCUAAGUCUCCAGGAAUGGCGUUUAAACUCUUCGAAUUAUUCUUCUUUCGUUAGUUUCACCUUUUGCUUAGCGUUAAAACCAAUUUCAAAACCUGCUGACAGCAUCUUAGGAGUUCUGAGUUAACCGAGAUGUUUGUGUGGGAAUAGUGCGCAGAGUUAGUUUUCACGUUACGUAAUCAUCGUUGGUUCGGUCGUUUCACCGUUACCGUUCCUGAUUUUUUUUUCACGCAGUCUCUGCUGUUAUUUGUGCAUGUUUUUAGACGGAGUCUCAACACCCUAAUCCAAACAACUGAAAAACUAGCCUUUCACCCUCGUUAAAUUUCGAAAUGCGAAAUUUGUGAAUUAUAUUCAUCAAUUUUUGAUUGUGAUUAGACCAUCAGAAUAAAGAGGCCAUCCUUUGUCUCGACAACAAAAGGGCCACCGACUCAGAGGUACUACUGUUUAUUGUUUGUCUAAAACUGAUCUAAAGUCAAAUAUGUCCAUGAGAAAAACUGGAUUUUAUGAAAACCACAUCUUAGUCACUUAUGGAUAUCGAUUAAACCGGAAAGAAUCCAGGACGCUACAGUAAAACACACAACAAAUUAGAAGAAAGUCAUUGUGAUUUGACGACUUUAAGUGGGGAGCUGGUCAUCUGGUCGGGCCAGUCUCAAAAAUUCGUAAUUUUUUUUAUCAGCGCUGCACUCUGAAUGCGCCGAAGUCUUCAAGUCGCGAUUUGGAAGACCUUAGUGUAAAGUUUAGAAGUUUACAAAACUCAACUUUAAUGUAACUGUGCAAUCCAAUGAUUGAAUAACAGGGUAAUUUACUAUUAUCAACUGAGUUGAAAUGUAAAUUGGCCACCGGAAAGAGUUUAAAGGCUGACGUUUCGAGCGUUCGCCCUUCGUCAGAAUGAUAGAGCAAUACUGAGAACCCUUUCGCUCUGACGAAAUGCUAACACUUGUAACGUCAGCCUUUAAACUCUUUACGGCGGGGCUAAUUUACGUUUUCAACUCAGUUGAUAACACUAAAUUACCCUAUUAGACUCUCCCACCAACGCAGUACCACAAUUUCUUUAGAAACUUACCUCCUUUAUUCAAUGAUUUAACAAGUCGGAAAAAUCCUUUUCCAUCAAAUAUUGUUCUGAGAACUCGUAAAAUACAGAGCCUCUUAAAGAAAUCGCUCGUGUGUGAUAUGGUUUACGGUUAUUUCACCUUUUGUGUCCAGUUUUUAAAGCUUGAAUGAGUUUAAAAUCCUUGAGAAAAACAUUUUUCAGUCAGACAGAUCGGCAAAAAAAAGUCACAGUCUCAUACACUCCAUAGUUACGUAAUCACUGCUCAUGUUUAGAGGACAGUGAUCACGAGUAUUAGUCAGGGGUGUAAUGAUUGAUGAGGUCAUUUGAUGUUGGCUCAACGAUCAUUGCUGCCCACUGAUCCAGAGUAAUGACUGAUAGUCCUUGCUUUUGGGAUUUUUGCAAUUUUUUGAUUAAAAGUAUGUAUCUAUCACAGGCUAUUUUUACUUCCAGUCCGAAAUUUUUUAAGAACGAGAGACAAACUCGUUCUGUUCUUUCACAACAAAAAUUCCGUCAGCAAAGUUAAAAAUAAUAAUUCCGGUUCCAAAGUCCAAUGACGAGAAUAAUGCAGACAAUAUCGCAACAAUGGCGGCCUCAGAAUGCCCCAACCUACGUGUCGGCUACAGACGUCAACAAAAUACGUGACGAAAGGGAAGUACGUUGAUUUCUUAACCAAAGAGAUGUUCAAUGUGUUCAGUAUGGUCAGCCCCCCAAUCCUGACCCUAUUUCAUACACCAUUCACCACUUAAGUUUACAGACCGAACUUCUGAUGAUAUUCACAUGUUCACCCCAAUUUUCAAGAUCAUCACUCAACAGAUGGGAAAGACUUGAUAGGUUAAGAGGGCAUUUUAUUUCGAUUACCUCUCGACCGCUCUUUGCCACACGUAAACCACAAGUCAAUACCAUUGGUGCAUUUUCCGAUAUACCAGUUUUAAUAUUUAAAUGUUGUUAGGGAAAAAGCUUGGCAAGCUAGGGGAAAUUACGGAGGCUAAGUUUAUAGCAAAGUUGACCGACGGAAGACGAUACUUGGACGAUCCAGGUUUCUCAGCCAGACAAUUUUUCGCAGUACAAAUCGAGCGCUAGUAUCAAUAUUUUGCUUUUUAAGAGGGGGCUAUCUCAAAAUAUCAAUUAACACCGCUGCCUUUUAAAUAUUCCCCCCUUUUAUGGCAAGCCUGGCUCGGUCAAGGUCAAACAAACGUAAUAAUCAACAAAACCGUUGCACAGGUGCAUGAAAUAACAAACAAAUAAAAAAAACAAACUAAAAGAAAAAAAAUGGUUUGUUGCCGUCGUGGCUAAAUUCAACACCAUCAUGAACAAUAUCAGAGACAAAUGUUUAAAAAUAUAUGUAUAUUUUUGAGAUCAGAGCCUCUUAAAUGGCCAACACUCAGACAGCCCAUGAUUUCGUGGAGUGCCACUUGACGCCGUUAAGUGUUCCGAUGACUGCAGUCAUUAUUUUCUCAUUCAUCUUUUAUAUACGCCCACUGGUAAUAUGCAAUUGAGUCACCAAGUCUUUCUCGUACAAAUUUAUUAAUUAACUAUGCUCCCCGCUAGUUAUCUUAGCUGUGCUCCGAUAAGCCUUGACUUUUGACCCCGCUACUCAGGCUUUUCCAACAUUGCCGGUAUAAUCUUGGCGAAUUGUGGGAAGAGUACGCAUUUAAUUUAUAUGUUGAUCGGCAUGACAAACUACUUUCAUGAUAUUCACCUAAAAGGGUCGACGACUCUAGAGAGUAAUUUUAUAAGCAGAACGGAUGUAAGGCGGGCGAGUCGCCCUCACACUGUCAAGUGUGAGUUUAGCAAAUGCACUAGCAUAGUUAUGUUUUAAUAAUUUAAAAUGUAAACUGAAUUUGUUGGCAUUAUUGACUGAAUGAUUAAGAAGCGUUUUAGAGUCUUACUUGCCGAUGUAACUGAUAAUAAAACAGUGGUGCCAAACCGCAGAUCAAUAUUUCUAAUAUUAGUCUAAAAAUAUUAAGUGAAAGAAAUACACAAAGCAGUUAACAAUAGUGGUUCAUUAUUUGCAAAGCGUAAGUGCGGCCUCUCCAAAUAGCAAAAUAACUCCUUUAUCAACUUGAUUGCCCCCCUUUAUAUAUUUUCAAACAAGCACAUAAUAAUAAUAUCGUAUGAAAUCCAACGUUUUUUCAAGCUGUUGAAAAAAUUGAACAGACUUUGAGAGACACAAGCGGGUAAAAAAAACGAGGUCAUAAAACCACUAUUUCACAGGUAGUAGUUGCUAAUGCCUCUUCUAAGUUUAGCUGGAGAUAAGAAUCAUACUCUCCAACUCCAAACAAAGUCUUUUGAGCGCAAAACGUUUGUCUAUUGAAUUUAAAAAUGUUAUUUCUAUUUUGGCCAGUUUUUUUCAUUAUUGACAUAAGAGCUGUGUCUCAAAAUGCUAGGUUCUACCUUUGCCGAAAUUAAAAAAUUAAACCUCUCCUUGAUAAUAAAGAAAAAACAAAAAUAACAAAGCCUAUGAAUGAAAGAAAUUCAGAAGCGUCUCUUAUACGAUUGUUUUUGUUUAGUUGCAAAAGUUUUCUGCGAUAACAGAAAUUCUGAAACUCACACGAGCUGAGCGCGAGAACUACUUUUUUAAUUAAGGUUCCACGCAAGGUUGUAAAGCGGUGCUCUAUAUCUGUCCUUUGGGAGACAAGAGGAAAGCAUACUUAACACUUCUUGAAAAGAAAAGCUAAGCCCUCAACAUAAGUUGACAUGGAAACUCUGAAAGCUAAUUAACAACGCAUGCUAAAAUCAUGUUGAUUACACAAUAAUACAUACCAAAAUAGGCAGAUUAUUCUCUAGAACAAUGAGUCAUUAAUCGGGCGGCCAAUCAGAUUGUAGCGGAUACCCAAGGGUCUUCUACUAUUUAAUCUGCCGCCCCACUAAUCUUUCCUUCAUUCGUUAGGCAGGCAAGGUUCGGAAGCGUCAAGGUAAGCUAUCCUACAAUCCUGUUUUUCUCAGUCCUAAAUGCUAACUUUACUAAGCCUAACAGCAAAAUACCCUUAUCUACUGACUUCUCCCUGUGUAUCUGGCCAACCAGUAAGCAUAAACUAACAACCUAUGCCAACCAGUGACGACGUUGAGACAGCGCCUUAGAUAACUUGUAGUACCGAGUAACCAGUGUAGUGGCGAAGAUAUCGGUUUUUCGAACAUAUCGUUUUCCCUUAGUAUCGCUUAAAUCGAUCCUAAACGGUCUAAAAUUUUAAUACCUCCACGGAAUGAGUGGAUAUUUAUAAAAAGUGCGCUAAGUGGUCUUGGAUUACAUCAUUACAUCUGCUAGCUAAAUGCGCAUCUGAAAUAAAACCCUUCACUCGGCCCUAUUCCGCUAACUUUUGAGUUAAACAGUCAAAUGGAAGCGUUUGAUAUGCCUCCUAGCUUUUUUCGACAUGAGACCUGAACAAUCAAACUCUUCCUGGUCGAAAUAAGUUUCUCAGGCGCCGUCAGUGGUCGCCAGACGGAUACCAGUGCAUCGCCAUAAUUUCUGCCCAUGUAUUCCUUUAUUAGCUGUUGUAAUAUUUUCCCAUGACAUGUUGGACGAUAUUGCGUAGUGAAGUUGUCUAUGUUUUUGGCUAUUGGCUUUCUUCUUACGCCAUGGUACUAAGGAAACCAGCGUAGCGGAUAGUCUCGGUUGCACUCAAUGAAAUAAUGGCGGGAGACCAACGCCUCAAGCGCAUUAAAAAAACUUCAGCUGUUCAGACUAGCACUCGAAAAAUUGCACUUAUCGAUUUGAGCAGUUGAUCCAUGUACAAAAACAGAUGCAAAAAGGAUAGUAAUUAAGCCUAUAUAUCUUAUAUUUUCUAACGAGAGCGAGAAGUGGUUUCGAUUACAAUAUAUUUUUUUUUUUGGCUUUAUUUGGUGCAUUCUGAAUUUCUUUCAUGCAUAGGCUUUGACCAAGCUUAGUGUUAUUAUACCGAAUAGAAAGGCUUAAAAGUUUUUAAAGCGUUCACUGCCAACUGAAUAAGGUAUUGUUGAAAACUUGUCUAGUUUUUCCUGAAUGUGAGAGCUGAAAGGAAAGUGCGUAUAUCACUGCAUGACGGAGCUCUGUUUUUCUCAAGAACCUCUUGUGCUACGCCGGCGGAAAAGGAGGCACUUGGUGGAUUUUAGAAGUCCACAAAAAGACAGAGAUAAACCACCGCAGGUUUCAACCACCAAGACUAACGUUUUGUUGAUAUUCAUCCAAGUAUAUCAAUUUAGCGCCUGUUUGUGCUUUGACAGCCGUCGGAAUAAUUAAAGUUUAAAAGAAUAAAAGCGAAUAUGGGGUUUGAUUCAUAAUAGCUUCUAAUCCGAGGGAUAACAGAGUCGCCAAAACAUUCAUGAGUCUAAAUUGUCAAAAUAAUCAUGGUAUAACCCAGACGGUUUUUUUGUUAUAUUUAAAAGUAAUAUAUUAAGUUUUAAAAAGAAGCAUGCAACCACAAGGAUUAACUUAAAAUGGAAUUUAAAAGUAAAAUACAACUUUUCUGUUCUUUUUUUGCACAGGAAAAAAAGCAAAUUAGUAAACCAUGGCCAAACUUUUGGUGUUAACAUUGAUUGGUCUAACUGGAAUUUCUAUUGGCUUGGGAGCCGACAGUAAGUAUUUUAAUUCUCUAAAAUAAAACGAUAAGUUCGAAAUACCUCUGUAUGCCUUCCAAAGACGUUUGAUUAUGGUAAAUGAUACUAUACUGUUGUUGCCUCUGUGUAUGGCGGUCGUGUAGCAGCAUUUUAUUUUUUGUAGCCAAGUUUAUCGAGAUAAAUUCAUACAAGGAACUAGCGAGUAACUUAUCAGAAAGUCUGGUUGCCUCAGCCAUCGUUUAGAACUUUGUGUGCUCUGAAUAGAAGUGUUCCCUGACUAAACCCCUUCCAAGAGAAAUAAGCCCCUACGAAUUUUCGGCUGAUAGGGUUAGUUAUAAAUGUCGAACAAAUGAAUUCGAAAUUACUUUCCUAGAUGAAUGUUCCUCUAUAAUUCCCAACGAUCACAAUUCUCGACACGCAGAAUUUAGGAAAAACACUGUCUCAUCAGUUCUUUAUGUGUGUUUCCGAAAUUUAAAAAACUUGAUUCCCUAAUUUUCAGGCUGGAGCUACUGCAGUAAUUGUGCUGAUGGUAAGUCAAUGUUACUACCUUCCUUAAUGUUUAGUUGUGUGGUUCGAUAGUUCUUCUUUUAGGUUAAGUGGAAGCCCCUUGGCUGUAGAACUCAUACCCCUAGAGUAUCUCAACAGGGCUAGUGACACGCGGUGUUGUGGUAUUUCACAAUAAAUGAAGAAAAAUCUCAACCUAUCGCCCCACUGUUAUUCGGUGACAUACGUGCUAUCUAUAGCUAUUUUAGUAUGAUUAUUUUUUAACGAAGAAAUGGGCACACGCACCCCUUAGAACCUUCUGAACCCACGCCCUUGAGUGACGUCCAUUACACUUCUCGUGUCAAAAUAAAUUUAAACCUUUUCUGCCAUUUUAGGCCCGUUGAGAUGGACAGGCGACUGUGCCUCUGGGAAAAGCCAGUCUCCUAUAGACAUUACUUCAACCAAUGCAACCUACAAGUCGUUCUCAGCCUGGAACUUGCAAAACUACGGAAAAACACUCUCGGCUAACUUUACUCAAAUGAACACUGGCUCUGCUCUAAAGGUGUCAAUACCAGAAAACAUGUUCUUUGUCAAUGGUGGAGGCCUGGCGGGUAACUACACCACCGCUCAGUUUCACCUUCACUGGGGACCCAGCAACAAAAAAGGUUCAGAGCACUACCUGGAUGGACAGCAGUUUUCCGCAGAGGUGCGUACAGAGAAAGUUUCUCUGCAAAAUUUUCAUGAGUGAUUUCUGAAUGAAAGACUUGACUUUAAAAACUGUUCAAUAACUCUCACACUCAAGGCUUCCAUAUUAAUCCUGCAUUCAAAAAGGCGAAAUUCUACAAUUUACGAUUUAAUCAGCCAUUGCAUGUAAAAGAAUUUUUCCUCUUGGCAUCUAGGGGGCAGUUAUGUCCAUUCUAUGAUAAGGGAAUGUUAUUGCCAUCAUUCCAAUGGCACACCUAACAUUCCUGAUCAUUCCUUUCACUUAGAUCCAUUUCGUCAGCUACAAUGUCAAAUACCCAAACUUGACCUACGCCGCUACAAAGUCUGACGGUUUGGCUGUCCUUGGUGUCUUCUUAGAGGUAUUUGAGUGCUAAGUCACGUGUAAUGAUGCAUAGGAUCUUAGAUCACGCGCAAACUUCAGUGACGCAACAGAUUAGAAACCUUGGCAAAGACCUGAAAAGACGUGAGCCAAUGUUGCAAUUGCGCACCAAGUUGUACGGACGUUCUGGUCUAGAGGUCGAAACAGAAGUUAGAACGAGAGGCGUCAACCUUUGUGCACACGUAUACUCUUGAUUCGGGAGGUUGAUUCUAUCGUAGCAAGCGCUAUAUCAUCUUCUGCUCAAAAUAUGUGCCUAUCAGAUUCAUUUCGCGUUUAAAAGUGUUUUUGAACAACACUAGAUGGACUAGAUAUUGUCAAACUAGCACACGCUUCGCAGUUUUCCAGUUAAUUUGCUUAACACGAUAUCUCGUACAGAUUUAGCAAAAAUUUCUAAAAUGAACAGUGAUAUCGGCGGCCCCCUUAGAGAGAGUUUUCCAUUAAAAGUUAGAUCAAAAAAGAGAAAGUUGUGAUAACAAUGAAAUUGUAAUUUCAUAAUUAAUUUGUCAAAACGAAUUGCGUGCGUUUCGUCUGGAAUCCUCUUACGAAGGCGUGAAUUAGCUGUCUAUCGGCUAAUAGAGAGCAGCUGAAAAUGACAUCUCAAUUUGGCCUAACAGUUAUUCUAUAGAAAUAAAUGGUACCAUUCUUAUAAUGUCCUCUAUUUACCCGAUGUUUCCUUCAAUAAAACCGUUCCCUUUCAGGUCGGAAGUGCAAAUCCUGCUUAUGACAAAUUCCUCAAUUAUGCCUCGAAAGUUGUCAACAAAAGUAAGUCUUAUUUCUUCUGUUACUCACUCAAAUUGUGUUUCGUUCCAACAAGCCUGUUUUUAUUUUUGGACGAGAAGAUCACAUAGAGUGAGUUAAUCACAAAUUCAGGGAGAUGUUUAAUUUAGUGGUUUGAGGCGACUUUUAAUACCUCUACUCUUGAAAUCUCUUUCAGACAUGUACUAAACCUAAACACUUUCAGUUUUUUCGGAGAAAGUCGACAGGGUCUUUAGCUUCAUCAUACCCAAAUGACUUUCUUUGUUGUUUUUAUUAAUUAUCAUUUUCUAUUAUUUUACAGGUGCAACUGUGCACGUUCCUGCUUUUCCUUUCUCUCCCCUUUUCCCAUCCAACACGAGCAAGUUCUACAGGUACCAAGGCUCAUUAACAACACCAGGAUGUUACGAGUCUGUAACAUGGACAGUUUUCCACGAUGUCGUUGAGAUAUCCUCAUCUCAGGUGAGCGUUACGAUUAGAAAGUCCGUUUUCUAUGAAAACAAGACGACCCAGUGAUUGCUCCCGUAUAAUUCUGCAUAUUGAAUCGAGGAUUUCUCCAUCUCAGAGAUUUACCUUGAGGCAAAAACGGGUGCCCCUGUGGCAGGCAGAAACUAACCCCAAACUACUACAUCUCAUAAGUUGUUUUGAAAUCAAACGACAGCAAAUGCGUGUGCUGUUUUUGUUGUUGUUUUUGUCUUCAUUGAGCGGAUUUUGGCAGCAUAGCGCUAAAAUAAUUCUUUUCAUCUAUUAACAGGUUAGCGCCAUGCGCCGCUUGAUGAUGAACGGCACUGACUACAUUGGGGAGAACUACCGCCCGACUCAGGACCUACACACCCGCACAGUAUAUGCGAGCUUUGAUGUUCCAGCUGCUACCCAGACUCCAACGGUAGACGGUCCGGUUGAUUCAGCAGUAGGUGUCAAGAUGUCCACAGGUCUAUUGCUGUUGAUGUUGUUUGGAACGCUGAUCUUUUAUUAAAAUGGCUCCUUCGCAUAUAUCUUGAUGCCAACGGACUAAGACUUGCUUUUUGCUAGUGUGCUGUAUAAUCUGCGAUAUACGGUUGUGAUAAAUAGAUAACAGGCGUUCUUUGUUAAAUAAGGCUUGUAUAUGUACAAACUCGAGGAAGGAACUGGGGGAGAAAAACGGCAGCAAACCUUAUUCCAUUACUUUAUUGUUGCUUAAAUCCGCAGGAGGGUCCCCUGACGGCGGACCUUCCCAUCAUCUGACAAAACAGGCCCAUCUUAAAAUGAGCUUCUGAAAGGGUAACAUGACUACGCUGUUUAUCUCAAGACUUUUCCCUGUACCUUGUACCAGCCUUAUUUAUUCAUUACUAUCUCUAGUAUUUAUAUCAACGGAAUCUUGUUUGCAACUUUAUGUCUAAUGUGAUGCUGUAUUUGAGGAUUUCAUGCUGUGAGAAAACUGAAAUUAUUACGCCCAUCAAUGUAGACGAUAUUUGGAAGACUUUCCAGCCGUUGUGAGAAAGCGAUAUUUUUUCAGACAGAACUUUGGAGUAAGAUCAUUAUUAACUCAUUCUAUCAAAGUUUAUCUAUUUCCUGUCUUGGAAAAAUUUGCCUCUUCCGCUGAGUCUCCGUUCAGUGUGUGAUUUGUGAUUAAUAAAAGUCUCUUUUUGUAUU